GGGUAGGAUUAGUAACCAGAUUAAAUCGGGUACGUUUUUUUAUCCAGACGUGAAAAUACUGCCCCCUAGCCCCAACAGGUUAAGCAUCCUGUCUUCUGUCUCUCCCUUCCGCCAGACUCCAGCCAGGAGUACACUGACUCCACCGGCAUCGACGUGCACGACUUCCUGGUCAACACACUGAAAAACAACCCCAGGGAUCGAAUGAUGCUGCUGAAACUAGAACAAGAUAUCCUGGAGUUCAUUAAUGACGACAAUAACCAGUACAAGAAGUUUCCCCAGAUGACGUCGUACCACCGCAUGCUUCUGCACCGUGUAGCGGCCUACUUUGGCAUGGACCACAACGUAGACCAGACUGGCAAGGCUGUCAUCAUUAACAAGACUGGCAACACACGCAUCCCAGAGCAGAGGUUCUCAGAGCAUAUCAAGGAUGAGAGGAACACGGAUUUCCAGAAGAAGUUUAUCCUGAAGAGAGACGACGCCAGUAUGGACAAGGACGAUAAUCAGAUCCGCGUGCCGCUGUCGGACGGGCGGCGCAGCAAAUCAAUAGAGGAGAGGGAGGAGGAGUAUCAGAGAGUACGAGACCGGAUCUUUUCCAGAGAAUCCUCUCAAAAUGGAUACAUCAAUGACAACAGACUUUCCCCUGAAGGCUACUCCUCUACCUCUCAAAAGAGGAGGCAGAUCUUUAGGUACUGACACAUCCGUGUGACUCUAGCAGUCUGUG